CCGGGGUGUUGGGUUUAUGGGUAAGAUGCACAUUACCAGGUAUCUUGACAAUUCCCCCGGAGUUAAAUAACUAUGUACAGAUCAAUGUAUCGGCAUUAAUACUGUGCACAAUUCAUUUCAGGCCGCCUGUAUCAUGGCUCUCGAUCUCUGACCUUAAUUCUUGUCGGUUAACUUCUAGUCUAUCGGUUUGUCUGUAUGCCAAAGGCUUUCCUAUAACAGCAAUCCACCUUGGCCCCUAUAGGGUACCACUUGAUGGUCGUGGAUCGCCACUUUAACCUACACACGUCUACAUGUCUCCUAAUACGCAUAUACGCUUCUUUUGUGUAUUCUCUCCUCCCGCCAUACCCUACACACAUCCCUUAUGGACUCAUCCAACAUAAACGACGAGUUUGAAAGUCGUGAGUACGAAGAAGAACCGGCGGCGGAAGACCCGCUCGAAGUGUACGCUGCGGGCCUCAGGGAGGUUGAAUCGCUUGGGCUUGUGGACAUUAGCAACCUCGCAUUCUGGUCGGUAUCCUCCUCGAAGCAAAAUAAAAGGGUCAAGCAGUUGCGUGACGAAAGCCCGCAGUUGUUUUGGGAAAGUGAUGGCGCCCAGCCCCACCAUAUCAACAUCCACUUUACCAAGAAGGUGUCGCUCAGCCGGGUCUCGAUCUUCUCGCACUACGCGCUUGACGAGUCGUACACGCCUUCGAGUAUCGCCAUUCUCGCGGGUAACGGAGAGCACGAUUUGCUUGAAGUGGCUAGUGUAGAGAUCAUGGAGCCUAAGGGUUGGUGCCACAUCGAUUUCGAGAGUGUCCGUGGCGACAAGGUGCUCAAGACGUUUUUCAUCCGCAUCUUGAUCAUCGCCAACCACCAAAAUGGAAAGGAUACGCAUGUCAGAGCCGUGCGGUUGUACUCGCCAAUGAGUCGCACCGAGACGUCUGAGUUUGCUACGCCGAUCCAGCUCGAAACGAGCUCUGCUCCGGUUAUCCCCGAUAUUGGCUUCACCAGUUUGAAGUUUUUGUCCGAAAGCACGAUUCGGUAGGCUAUGCAAUAUAGACCUUUGAUUUGGAGGUAUAUCCAAUAUAUACCCCCCUUUGUGGUUAGCCUGUCAUGAGGAUGUGGUGUAUCAAAUGGGGCCACCUUUUGCUGAUUAGUUUUGAACAUCGUGGUGGACGAAAUCUUCGAGAGUCACCCAAGGAUAAAUUAAGCAAGUCCGGUAAACCAUUGGUGUUUUACCCCUUAUCCUAAUCCCCCGAGGCCUAUCAAUGUCUUUGCUAUUUGACCCCUCAUGGUGACUAGGGCUCACUUCCAAGAUAGUCAUACCCUUGCUAAACCGAAUUGGGGAAAGUUAUUAAUUCUGUGUACCUGUAUACGUAUGUUACCAUUAGCUAAACUUGUAAUUGACGUAAUACCCAACUGAAGUUUGAGACGUUGAAAUUUAUACCCGG